GUCAUGAAGUUUCUCGUGUUUGUCCUGUUAGUAUCUCAGUGCUCGUCACUCACCAGUCAACAGUGUCACCACUGUGAACAAACAUCCUGCGACUGCUCGAGCCAAAACCUUCGAGAAGUCCCUGCAGCCGCUUCAAAACUCAUCACUGAGCUCGAUCUCUCUUUAAACGCACUGGAGACGAUAAUGAAAGAUGACUUUCUUUCAUAUGCCGCUUUGAGGGCUUUGUUCGUGAAUAACAACAGAAUCAAAACCAUCCAUGAAGACGCAUUUCACCCACUGAUUCAUUUGGAGAAACUGGACUUGUCCUCAAACCAGUUGGAGACUUUGUCUUCUGGUUGGUUUCAGAACCUGAUUUCUCUCCACUACUUGAAUCUUUUGGGAAACAAAUAUUCAACACUUGGUCAGGGAAACCUUUUCCUGCCACUGAGGAGCUUGAAGACCCUCCAUUUUGGAGGACCUUUCCUUCAGUCUGUCAGUAAAAGGGAUUUUUCUGGCCUUUUUGGUCUUGAGGAACUUGUUUUUGAAGGAAAUGAUCUGCAAGUCUAUGAAAACGGAAGUUUGAGACAAAUUGGACCCAUUAGCCAUGUAACACUUAGUCUCAAUGGAGUAUUUCAGAGAGAUUUAAGAGUAGUACUAGCUAUAUUGUUAGACGUUGUUCAUCCAAACACAACAGUGACAUUCACUGACACACAGUUCAACAAAAGUUUGCAAAUGUUCCCAGUUCAUGUGGUCAUCAAGCGUGGUGCUACAGCUCUUAGUUUUAAAAAUGUGAACAUGUCUGUGUCAGCUUGUGUACAACUUGCAAAUUUUUUGUCGGGCUCUGAACUCACCAGUGUUGCCAUUGAAAAUUCACAGUUCUUUGAAGAUGAAGAGGAAGUCUUUCUUGUUGACAUAAACCUGAAAGGCUUGGAGGUCAUUUUUCUCAGAAACAUUGAUAUUGUUUGGUUCUACCGUUUUCCUGAACUCAGUUUUAUGCAAAAUAUACUGACUGUAGUAAGAAGGGCAUCUGUGAUAAACUCCAAGGUGUUUGCCAUUCCUUGCCAAUCCACUAUUCAUUUCACAAACCUGGAGUUUUUCGACAUCAGUGACAACACAGUCGCGGAUCGUGCAUUUAUGGAAAUGAUGUGUUAUGGAAAAGAGGAUGUCCUUCUAAAUCUCCACACACUCAACAUCAGCAGAAAUCGUUUGUUUUUAAUCAACAGUGAACUCUUCACUAAACUAGAAAAGCUGGAAAACCUCGACAUGAGUGGAAACUCAUUUGGCAGCAUGCCUUUGACUUGUUCCUGGCCAACAAGUCUCAAGUUCUUAAACCUUUCGUCAACUUCUCUUCCUGAGGUGACAUCCUGCCUACCACAGAGCCUACAGAUCCUUGAUUUAUCCAGAAAUAAACUGACUGUCUUUAACAUUGAGUUGCCGCUUCUCAAAGAGCUGUACAUCUCUGGCAACAAGCUUGGAAAUCUCCCUGACGGCCAUCUAUAUGUCAGCCUCGCAGUUCUCUCCAUUCAAGACAACAACUUGGCCAAAUUCAGCAGUAAAAACCUGCAUGAUUACCAGAGCCUGAGGGUCCUGGAAGCUGCUGGCAACCCUUACGUCUGUUCAUGUGACUUUGUAGGUUUCGUGACAAAUGACUUGAUGAACCACAAAACUGUAGUUAGAGGCGACUUAAAGUCUUACACCUGUGACUCUCCCGAUGCAGUGAGGGGGGAGAGAGUAUCAGACGUGAAGCCAUCAGUGUUUGAGUGCCACACAGCUUUAUCGAUUUCUUUGCUCUGCUUAGGCAUCCUGGUGCUGUGUGUGCUCAUUGCAGGUCUGUGUUAUAAGUUCAGCGUUGUGUGGUACAUGAAGAUGACCUGGGCAUGGCUAAAAGCAAAGAGAAAGCCAAAGUUGAAGAAGGGAGUGCUCCAGUACGAUGCCUUUGUGUCCUACAGUGAAAUGGACUCAGGCUGGGUGGAGGCGCACCUGAUCCCGGCCCUGGAGCAGUCGGAACCGCCCCUCCGACUCUGCCUCCACAAGAGAGACUUUGUUCCUGGAGGAUGGAUCGUAGACAACAUCAUGGACGCUAUAGAGAAGAGUCACAGAACGCUCUUCGUCCUCUCCCAGAACUUUGUCAGAAGCGAGUGGUGCAAGUACGAGCUUGACUACACCCAUUUUAGAUUGUUUGAUCAAAACGAUGACGCAGUUGUGCUGAUUCUACUGGAGCCCAUUGACAAAAAUAACAUCCCCAAAAAGUUCAUCAGGCUGCGGAAAGUGAUGAACUCCAGGACUUACCUGGAGUGGCCUGAUGAUGAAGAUCAGAUCCCAGCGUUCUGGCAAAGUCUGAGAACAGCGAUCGAAACACCUGAAAUUUACAAUACAAACAAUCUAUAA